AUGCUGUCCAACCCGCUUCACCGCUUUUCUCCCUACCACACCAUCCCCACCACCACGCUGCUGUCCAACGGUCAUGUACCGGCCGCUCACAUGCAUGCACCCGGUAUGGAUGCCCUCGCCCAAGGGUCGCACUAUGCCCUACAGCAGCUGCAGCAGCACGUCGGUGUCCACAACCCUCACAACCCGCAUGGCAACCCGCAUCUCGCACGCCCUGGUCACAGCCAGCAGGUGAAGCACCGUCAGAACCCGUAUGGGCCUGCACGCGGUGGCAGUGCGGCCGGGCCAAUUCGCCGCCGCAUCAGCCGUGCGUGCGACCAGUGCAACCAGCUCCGGACAAAGUGUGAUGGCCAGCACCCGUGCGCCCACUGCAUUGAAUUCGGACUGGGCUGUGAAUAUAUCCGCGAACGCAAGAAGCGCGGCAAGGCUUCGCGCAAAGAUCUGGCCCAGCAGGCAGCUGCGCAGGCGGCUGCCGCUGCUCAGGUGAAAGCUGAGGGGAACGGCGAUGAUCAAAGUGACACCAAGGCCGGCCUCAACAAUGCCACACACAGCAGCUCUGCCAGCAACGACGGCCAUCCGCAAAGCGCCAACGAAAAACUGAUGAACGACCUUGCUGAAGAUGCCAUGCAGCGCAGCCAGCGCACCGGCAGCAUGGAGAGCCUGAGUGACAUGGCCGGCGGCGAUAUGCACCACCAUAUGGACCAGCAGCAGCACCAUCAGCAGCAGCAGCACUCUCACCACCUGGAUGGCUCGGCUGGCGGCCUUGAUCUCAACAGCUACGGAGUUGCAGCUGCCACAAUGCAAAAUCCAUACGAACGCCAGCAACAGCAACAGCAACAGCAGCACCAGCAGGCUCAAGCCCAGGCUGCCGCUGCAGCCGCUGCUGCAAUGGGCGCCGGUCACCACGGGCCUCACCAGCCUUAUACGCAGUCGCAAGCCACGAUAUCCAACUACCCGGAGUUGCCUUAUGGGCUGCAGACGCAAAGCCCGACUGGCUUUUCGACCAAUGCAAGCAGCUUCCGCAUGGGCACGAGCCCGCUGAGCGCAUACCCGAUGGCCGGUGACACUGGGUCGCCGCCUUGGAUGACCAUGUCCUCACCGCCUCCACCGCAACACCAACAGUAUCCCUCACAGCAGCAGCAGCAGCAGCAGGUGCAGGCCCAACAACAACAGCAACACCAGGUGCAGCAGCAGCAGCAGCAGCAGCAGCACAUGCAAGGUCUGCAGACCAUGCACGGAAUGCAGAAUAUGCACAAUAUGCACCCAGCUCUGGCGGGUGCAGCUGGUGUCGGGAUGAGUGGGCUCAACGGUCUGGCGCCAGGUAUGUCCCCAUCCAUGAACGGGCCUAUGGCCAGCCACCACUCGCACCACAAUGAUCCGAACGGUCAACACGCACGCCGUGACCAGCAUCAGCAUCAGCACCAAACCCAGCACAUGAUGCCGAGCAGCUACAAUCCAACACAGCUGCGCUAUCCCGUGCUGGAGCCCUUGGUUCCGCACCUAGCAGGCAUCGUGCCGCUUACACUCGCCUGCGAUCUCAUCGACCUCUACUUUGCCAGCUCGUCUUCAGCCCAGAUGCACCCCAUGUCUCCUUAUGUCCUGGGCUUUGUCUUCCGCAAGCGUUCGUUCUUGCACCCGACCAAGCCACGUGCCUGCCAGCCCGCUCUGCUCGCAAGCAUGCUGUGGGUCGCAGCCCAGACAAGCGACGCUCCCUUCCUCACCAGUGUGCCCUCAGCCCGCGGCAAGAUUUGCCAGAAGCUGCUCGAGUUGACCGUUGGCCUGCUGAAGCCCCUGAUCCACACUCCGUCAAAUGCUGGCAAUGGCGACGACUUGCAGCUCCAGGAGAAUGGUCUCCGCCACGGCGACAACAAUGUGGAUGAGAGCAUGCAGGCUACGGGCAUGGAUAGCCCUGUCUUUGAUGGCGUGUCGCUCGGGGGUCUGGGCGUUGCCAUGCCUGGUACCAUUAGCAUGGAGGCCGCGCUGGCCCAUGCGACCAUGGAGACAAUGAACUUGGCCGUCACCACUGCCAAUUCCGGCGACAACGCCAAUGGAAACGGGAACGUAAACGGAAACGGAAACACCAGCGGUGGCGCUUUUGGCGCGGCUGGUACCAUUGACGACGUCGCCACAUACAUUCAUCUGGCCACAGUUGUCUCUGCCAGCGAGUACAAGGGCGCCAGUCUGCGCUGGUGGAACGCCGCCUGGUCGCUGGCACGCGAGCUCAAGCUGGGCCGUGAGCUGCCUCCGCAUGCUACGUCUGCCCAGACGGAAGCACACAAUAACCAACAGGGCCAAGGCCAGCAAGCAGAGACUCAGGCGCGCCAGCAGCAAACACGUGCGACGCGCGAAGUGAAUGCAGAGGGCGCCGACAGGAAUGAGCGCGAGAACGACCUCAUGGGUAUGAACGGUAUCGACGGUAUCAACGACAUCGACGGCAUUGGCAGCAUCGACAGCAUGGACGGUAUUGAGGCCAUUGAUGGAAGCCUGGAGGGUGGUGUCGCUGUCACAAGCUCUACUACCAACUCCAUACCCGUGUAUGUCAUUUCUGAAGAAGAACGUGAAGAGCGCCGCCGCAUCUGGUGGCUCGUCUACAUUGUUGACCGCCACCUUGCGCUGUGCUACAACCGCCCCCUGUUCCUGCUGGACAUUGAGUGCGACGGUCUCCUGCGUCCCAUGGACGACACGGACUGGCAGAACGGCGAAUUCAGCGAGGCUUCCAGCAGUGAAGGCAAAGCGGCAAAGAAUAACGUUGCCGAGGACGAGGAAAGUGAUGAGGGUGUGAAGCGUGCGGACGCGGACAACAAAGAGAGCCAGAAUGACAAGGGCUCGGCCAGAGGGUCUCGCAGUCAUCGUGGGCCAUCGUUUGAGUGCUGUGGCCACAGCAUCUAUGGCUACUUCUUGCCGCUCAUGACCAUCCUCGGCGAGAUUGUCGACCUGCACCAUGCCCGCAACCACCCACGCUUCGGGCUCGGCUUCCGCACCUCCCAGGAGUGGGACAUGCAGAUGUCUGAGAUCACCCGACACUUGGCUAUCUACGAGCGGAGCCUCAAGGCCUUUGAACACCGCACGCUCAGCCCGUCUGCCCUGGCCACCGCCCAUGAGGAGCAGGCAGCCGCAGCUCUCGCCGCUGCUGAUGCAAGCAAUGCUGCCGACGCUCACUCCAAGAACAGCCAAAACAAUAUGGAUGCCAGCAUCACCGUUGGUGCCCUUGCCACUGGCCGUGCUGCCUCCGCUCCCCAGGAUGCCGGUACGCCAUCGGGCCACAGCGUGCAGUCUAUGCACUCCAUUCAUUCGACCCCGCUGCCGACAACCUCGUCGAUUGCUGCGCCCAUGACUUUGGCUGCCGCGCCCCUUGUUCGCAUGACCGAGCUCGACAUCCAGACACGCAUCGUGGUCGCUUACGGCACACACGUCAUGCACGUCCUGCACAUUUUGCUUGCCGGCAAGUGGGACCCUGUCAACCUGCUCGAUGACAACGACUUGUGGAUCAGCUCUCAAGGUUUCAUCACCGCCACUGGCCAUGCUGUGUCGGCUGCUGAGGCCAUCAGCAGCAUCCUGGAGUACGAUCCAGGCCUGGAGUUCAUGCCCUUCUUCUUCGGCAUCUACCUGCUGCAAGGCUCUUUCUUGCUCCUGCUCAUAGCCGACAAGCUGCAGCUCGAGGCCAGUACCAGGGUAGUUCGCGCCUGCGAGACCAUCAUCCGCGCACACGAGGCUUGUGUUGUGACCCUCAACACCGAAUACCAGCGCAACUUCUCGCGCGUCAUGCGCAGCGCCCUGGCACAGGUGCGCGGUCGUGUCCCCGAGGACCUGGGCGAGCAGCACAUGCGCCGCCGCGAGUUGCUAUCGCUCUACCGGUGGACCGGCGAUGGCACCGGCCUGGCCCUAUAA